UGAUCUUAAUUUUUUUUUCAGAUGCCUUAUCCGUCAGCCCAUCACUGAGUAAGGAGAGAUGAGUAACAAUCAUUCUUACUUUCCACCACUGCCACUCAAAAACAACGAGGAUGCAACUUAAGCUCCGUUUGGUUGCUGGGAAAGAUGUAGAAACUCUUCCCUCCCUUUUCCUAUUCUUUCUCGGCAGCCAAACCGCGCCAUGGAAGUCGAGGUCAAGCUUCGCCUCCCUGACGCCGCCUCCCACCAGAAACUCUCCGACCUCCUCGCCCCAUUCCAUGUCAAAACCCUAAUCCAAGAGAACAUCUUCUUCGACGGAUCAGCCGCCGAGCUCUCCUCCAAAUUUGCGGUCCUCCGCCUUCGGUUCUACGACCUCGAUUCCCGCUGCGUUCUCUCCCUCAAAUCCCAACCGCAAAUCUCAAACGGCAUCAGCCGCGCCGAAGAAGUCGAAGAAGAAAUCGAACCUCUGAUCGGGCGUGCCUGCGUGGCGGAGCCAUGGCGAUUUAAAUCGAUGAAUUCGAGGAUAAUCAAGAGGUUGAGAGAUGAGUUUGAGGUAGGAGAUGAGGGCUUGGUGUGCCUGGGAGGGUUCAGGAACGUUAGAGCGGUGUAUGCGUGGAAUGGAUUGAAUUUAGAGCUGGACGAAACUCAUUUCGAUUUCGGGACGAAUUAUGAGAUUGAAUGCGAGAGCUUGGAGCCAGAGAGAGCGAAGAAGUUGCUUGAAGGGUUCUUGGAGGAGAACGGGAUUAGUUUCUCGAACGCGGAGGCCUCAAAAUUUGCAGUUUUUCGAUCCGGAAAGCUGCAUUAGUGAGUCAAUUUCUCGUUCUGAGUAUUUGUUUACAAGAUGAUUGAAUUUAUGGAUUGAAGCCUUUCUGCUGAUGUUGAAUGAUAGUGUGGGCAUCCUAUUGCAAUUGAUCAAUACAAUUCUUUAGCAAAUUGCAGGGUAUGUGAUAAUCAUCAUACUAUAUGCUGAUUGAAUAUAUGAUUUGAAGUCUUUUUAUAUGCA